AUGACGAUUCACAGUGCCACCAAUGGGACUGCCAAGCUGGGUUCCCAUACCAAACCAAUGUCGUCUUCCAAAACCAACAAUAUUCAACCAUCGGCUAAAGACGAACUCACUUCUGGCGUUGAUAUUAUUGAUAUACGUCACGAUGCUGUGGAAAUAAAUCUUAAGGAAGAAAUCGAUAAACUGUUGCAUCCUGCAGAGGGUCCAAAGAAACUGCCUACCUUGCUUUUGUACGAUGAGCAGUAUUACCUGACUAAUGCGGAGAUUGACGUCCUCAAGCGCUCUGCUGGCAGCAUUGCAGACUCUAUACCAUCAGGCUCGAUGCUGGUUGAGCUUGGUAGUGGAAAUCUACGGAAAGUCAGCAUUUUACUACGAGCUCUAGAAGCUGCAGGAAAGGAAAUUGAUUAUUAUGCGCUAGACCUUUCGCUUUCUGAGUUGAAGAGGACUUUAGAACAGGUCCCGAAUUUUAAAUACGUUAAAUGCCAUGGCCUUCAUGGUACCUAUGACGAUGGUUUGGACUGGUUGAAGGCAGCCGAACACGGUUCCAGAACCAAAGUUGUCAUGUCUUUGGGUUCGUCCAUAGGCAAUUUCAAGCGCUCCGAGGCUGCGUCAUUCCUUCGUGGGUUUUCUGAUGCACUUGGGCCGUCCAAUAUGAUGCUCAUUGGAGUUGAUGCUACAAGUGAUCCUUCUAAGGUAUAUCACGCUUAUAACGAUCGUAAGGGAACUACACACGAAUUUAUCUUGAAUGGUCUGACCAACGCAAAUGGCAUCCUUGGUGAGGAUGCCUUUGAUAUCAAAGACUGGAAAGUCAUCGGCGAGUACGUCUUCGAUCACGAGGGUGGUCGCCACCAAGCAUUUUACGUUCCCAAGACGGAUGUUACAUACAAAAACAUCUUGCUUAAAGCCGGAGAGCGAAUCCAGGUCGAGGAGAGCUUGAAGUACUCUCUGGAUGACGCGACUCAUCUUUGGGCUGCAUCUGGGUUAAGAGAAGUCAGUCAUUGGACAGCUUCUUCCGAUGCGUACAACAUUCACCUCCUGCAACCAAAAGAGAGGAUGGAGUUCCAUACCGCUUCUGCUGUCUACGCAGCGACAACGGUCCCUUCCGUUGAUGACUGGUUGAAUCUCUGGAAAGUCUGGGACAUUGUUACGAGAAAGAUGAUACCGGAACAAGACUUGCUCGAAAAGCCAAUCAAGCUGAGGAAUGCUUGCAUCUUCUACCUUGGCCACAUUCCUACUUUCCUUGAUAUCCAGCUUUGCAAAGUGAGCGGCGAACCCCCCUGCGAGCCUUCGCACUACCCCAAGAUUUUUGAGCGAGGCAUUGAUCCCGAUGUCGAUAAUCCGGAGCAUUGCCAUGCUCAUUCCGACAUCCCUGAUGAGUGGCCACCUUUAGAAGAAAUCCUACAAUACCAGGAGCAAGUCCGAGCGAAAGCCUUGAAAUUGACUGCAGCGUCCAAAAUUCCACGUGAGAUUGGUCGGGCCCUUUGGAUCGGGCUCGAACAUGAGAUUAUGCACCUAGAGACACUUCUCUACAUGCUUCUUCAAAGCGAUCGAACCAUUCCUCCCACUAGUCACACUCCAAAUUUCAAGGACGACGCAAAAGCUGCUGAAAGCGCUAGAGUUGAGAAUGAGUGGUUUGAGGUACCAAGGCAGCAGAUCACAAUCGGUCUGGAGGAUCCAGAGGAUAAUUCGGGUGGAGAUAGACAUUUUGGGUGGGAUAACGAAAAGCCGCCAAGACAGGUUUUGGUCCCAUCUUUCUUAGCGAAAGGACGAGCAAUCACCAAUGAAGAGUAUGCUCGAUAUCUCGAGUACACUAACAAACAUGAAAUACCAGCUUCAUGGGCAGAUGGUGGAUCAACCGGUUCCGACACUAAUGGCUUCUUCAACGGUGCCAAUGGCUAUUCUAAUGGUCAUUCAAAUGGAGGAGAAAAGAAGUCAUCUACCAAGGCAUUUUUGGAGGGCAAGUCUGUGCGUACCGUUUAUGGUUUGGUACCGCUGCAGUAUGCACUGGAUUGGCCAGUCUUCGCAUCCUAUGACGAACUUGCCGGUUGUGCAGCUUUUAUGGGUGGAAGAAUCCCCACCGUCGAGGAAGCUCGAAGCAUUUACAGCCACGUUGACGGGCUGAAGCUUAAGGAGGCGGAGCAGCAUCUUGGCAAGACUGUCCCAGCGGUCAACGGUCAUCUCGUCAACGACGGGGUAGAGGAGAGCCCACCAUCACGGGCUGUCGUCAACAGCGGAAGAUCGAGAAACCUUUUCGCUAAUCUUGACGGCGCUAACGUUGGGUUUAAGAACUGGCACCCAGUCGCCGUAACAGCAAACGGCGACAAGCUUGCUGGACAGGCGGAGAUGGGAGGUGUAUGGGAGUGGACAAGCUCACCCUUAGUGAAGCAUGAAGGAUUCGAGCCCAUGCCUCUAUAUCCAGCCUAUACAAGCGACUUCUUUGAUGGCAAACACAACAUCGCUCUUGGAGGCUCUUGGGCCACACAUCCGAGAAUCGCUGGCCGUAAGACAUUUGUCAACUGGUACCAGCGCAACUAUCCUUAUGCAUGGGCCGGAGCACGUCUCGUUCGCGAUAUUUGA